GUAAUAAAUUAUUUCCUGGAUAGUUAUUACGAAAAUAACUUCAUCAAUCUGAUUUAAUUUACAUAAAGAUAUUAAAUUUCCAGUUUAUAUUUAGAUCCAUAUUUAUAUGCUGGUCACUUCAAAUAAAAAUAUUUUGAAAUGAAAGCACAAAAUCCACGGGAGGUUAUUAUUGUUAGCUUUCUCAAUAGCCACCUGGAGUUUGUUCGGGUCGACCGACAGUUGCCGAGAUUCAGUGCACGCGCGCUUACCACACUGGACGGACGUAUUUUUGUCGGAUUGAAAACGUCUAUACUCUUUAUAAAAAAACAUCCCUUCAAACAGAAAACAAGAUUGACAGUUCAUCUAGACAGUGCUAGACAUUAUUGGCAAUUGAAUUAAACUUGUUUCCGUUAUUGAAAUCAAAUUUCUCCGGUUUUUUUUUUAAUCCAAAGAAAGUAAAUUGAAAAAUUUUUCGAAUUCUUCGCACUUGCCAUCAGGAAUCUAAUCGAUCGAUAGGAACCUCGAGCUCUCGAAGGUCCUCAUUUGUGGAGGAGAGUGACGCUUUUUUGUAUUUGACCUUGACCUUGAAAACUAUAUCUAAAGAAGAAAAAAAAAAGGAAAAAAGGAUGCCAGCUGACGCCGAGCUUAGCACCCUGCUUAACCGGCGCCAAAAGAUCAACGAGGAUCUGGAAGAAGGCAAAGAGGUGAAAAAACACUACAAAUUCAUCAAUGUUUAUACGGAAUUUCACGAACUUACAAGACGAGAGAUCAAACAAUACGAGCAAACUUUCAACAGAUUCGAUGAUGGACGAGAUGGAUAUUUGGAUUUAGCAGAACUGAAACGUAUGAUGGAAGUUCUCGGAGCUCCACAAACCCACCUUGGACUAAAAUCAAUGAUUAAAGAAGUCGACGAGGAUUGUGAUGGACAAAUUUCCUUUCGUGAGUUUCUUCUGAUAUAUCGUAAGGCACGAGCAGGAGAAUUAAAGCAAGAUUCAGGUCUUGGACAACUUGCUCGCCUGACGGAAGUUGAUGUAGACGCAGUUGGAGUAACCGGCGCGAAAAAUUUCUUCGAAGCCAAGAUUGAGCAGCUGCGGAAGUCAAGUAAGUUCGAGGAUGAAAUUCGCAUGGAGCAAGAAGAGCGAAAGCGUCAAGAUGAAGAAAAAGCCGUGAGACGAGCACAAUUCCGAGAAAAGGCAGCUCUAUUUGGCAAGAAUUGAAAGAAAAAGUUCGUAAAUUGCCUAUUUUUGGUAUUACCGAUUUUCUAAUGGGGAAAAAUCGGAGGAAAAAAAAUAGUUGUUCUAUAAUGCUUAUUGCGUACGUAUAUGUUAUAAAUCGCUCACAUUAUUUUUCAGUUGGAAUAACUGAAAAAAUGUGUGAAAAAUAUUUUAUCAACGAAAAAAUUCUUGUUAAACUCCGAGAGUGUCUAAAAUUGACUAUUAAUUUCAUCUACAAAUUGCAUUUAACGUAAAAUUGUAGAUUCAAAUGAUUAAUUUUUCACUGAAUUUGAAUUGAAAAAUUUAAUAGAUUGCAUACAUUAAAAAAAAAUAUUUUUUUUUUUAUAAUUAUCAUUUUUUAAGACAAAUUUUUAGCAAUAAUUUUAGAAUUUUUGCAAUUUUUAAAUUUAUUAAUUGUUUCUUUUUUUCAUACCUUUCAAAUUAUCUGAAUUCUUACACAAAUUUUCUACAUUUUAUUUGUUUAGUGCGCUUACAAUUUUUGUACAGAUCCAUGACUGAUAAAUGUAUAACAUAAUUUUAAGUAAAUUUGAAUUAUUUCGAAUGAUUGUUGUAAAGCUAAAGCAAAAAUUGUUUUAGGCUAAUAAAAUAUGUAUUGUUUAUAAAUGUGUAACUUGUAAAUAUAAGUAUUAUGUAGGAGAUAAAAUUUUUAGUUAAUUAUAGUAAUUAGCUUUCUUUAACGCACGAUUUCAAUUUGUAUUGUGAUAGUUAAGCAUCGUUUUAAUGUCAUCUUUGUAAAAAAAAAAUUGUCAUUAUCUUUUAAAAGUUCAUUUUUUGUGAAUGUUUUAAUUACUGGUUUAUUUUUGUGAUUAAAAAUAAACUUAUUCUAAAUCAAUUAAAUAUAUUUAAUAUAUAUAUAUAUAUAUGUUAAUUGUUAAUGAUUAAUAUGUCGGAUUAAAAAGUACGUUUAUUUGAAAAUUAAAUUAAAAUACAUAUAAAUGUCAUUAUACAACAUUAAAAUAAAUAUAAUUUAAAAGAACAUUUACAAUGUGUUAUUAUAAGUUAUUUAAUAGGAGUACUAAAAUAAUUUAAACCUUCUUUGCGAGAAAAAUAACGUUUUCCACUUACUCUGUAAUAAGAUGCAGACUCUAUAUUUUCUUUUUCUUUCUUCACUGGACUUAUAUCAUUCAAUAAUUGAGAAAAAGAAACUUCAUCAUCUCUUGGAGUCGAUGUUUUAAAUGAAAAUUCAUUAUCUUCUUGAUUGAUUUCUU